UUUUAGUUGUUAAAAUUUAUGGCUGAACAAUUGCAGAAAAUAAGGACUGUAGAUGAGUACCAUGAGGUGCUGGAGAGAGCAGGACCGAAUUUAGUGGUGUUCUUCUUUUAUUCUAACUGGAGUUUGAUGAGUCAGGAGAUAGAGAAAGAACUCAUACCAAUUCAGUAUGAGCUCCCUGAUGUGAACAUUUGCAAGAUUGAUGUGGAUACUAAUGGGGAGGUUUCAGAGGCUUAUAGCAUUAGAAGAAUGCCUACAUUUGUCUUUAUUAAGCAAAGUAAAACCCUUGACAGGCUAUCACAGCCAGAUAUAAAGACAGUGAAUGAAUAUAUCGAUCAUUUCUAUUAGCUUGGUGGAUAGAAUCUCUCACAUUUGCAGGAG